AUGGCGGAUUUAAUGUUUGGCGACUUUUCUCAUGAAGAAACCGAGAAAUUCUUCGGCCAUGAUAAGCAAUGUGUGAAGUUUCCAUGGGGUGCCGAUGCGUGUAUUAAUCCCACAAUUGAAUUUGGUUUUGAUGUUCCACCUGUGACGUCGCACGUAUGCUCGUAUUAUCCGUCGUAUCAUUCUUCGUCGUGUAAUGGAAGUAGUCAUCAAGAAUCAUCAUCUGCUUUAACAUCACCGCCGUAUUCUUCGAAAAGUUCAUCUGUUGAAAAUUUAAAGAUAUCUUCAACGGGAACGAAUCAUCAGAAAUCUACGACAAACAGUAAUCAUAAUCAUCAUCACCAUCAUCGACAUUCGCUGAAUUCAGCAAAGAAAAAAAAGCAACGUCCAAAAGAUUACUAUGCGCGUGAAUACAAUCAGAUUAUGGAGCCAGCGCAAGAACAACAAAAGAACGGUAUUUUAAAUGAUACUGGCGAUUUAUCUUCGACAACAAUAGCCACAGCCGCACCCUCACGCAGUACAACACUUCUAGUUCAAUCAUCCUCGAAUAAUACAACAGGAACUAUUGAUCAACAACAACAUUCAGAAUUUCACAUACCACCCUCAUCGACUAUUCCUGUCACAGGUGAUGCCAGAUUACUAGCGUGUAAUCAAUGGGUCGAUUCAACAAUGAAACAUCAACAACACGAUGACGAUCAAGAAUCAUCAAAACAAAGUGCAGAUUUAACAAAUGAUGAAGAUGAAAUCGAUUCAGAUGAUACUCAUGGCACCACAACUGAUGAUAAUGAAGAUAAUGUGAAUGAUGAAUUACAUGAUUCGCGUUCAACAACAGUUCCUCAAACAAAUGUUAGUUAUCCAAUAAACAUAACACAAACAAAUAAUAAUUUAAAAUUAAAUACAGUUCCACAAACAACAAUGAAAACACAUACAUCACAACAGAUGCAUUCACUUUCACCGGCUCUUAAUGAUGAUAUGGCAAUUUAUUCAACAUCAGUUGCCAGUGGAGCAAGUAUCGAAACCUUGAAACCAAAUGGAGAUCAAAACAACAUCAACCAACAACAAUCUUCCCUUGCUCAAUCUACAACAACAAGAAGCGAAUCAACAAAAGCAUUGCCAUGUUGGGCUGAUUUAUUCAGAUCGUCGAAAAUACAAUCUAACGCCAAUAGCAACAACUUAAUAUCGCCGCCAUCACCGAAUAAAAACAACAACAUAACGUCUACGACAAAAUCUCUUUCGUCAGCUUCAUCGUCCACUUCACAACCUCCACAAAAAAAACCUUCUCAACAACCUCUUGUUCGUUCGUCGAGUGGAACACAAAUAUCCUCUUUAACAUCACAAUCAAUGUCUCGAAGUACAACCACAAACGAUAAUCGUUUAUACAGCAAUCAGUCAAAAAACAAUUAUCAUGUCUACAAUAGUAACAAAGAAGAGUCACAAUCCCUUGAUGAUUAUUUUUCAAAAUGUGAAUUACGUCCAUCAGCCAUGGCAAUCAAACCACGUGGUUUAGCGAAUAAAGGAAAUUAUUGUUAUAUUAAUGCCACUUUGCAAGCUUUAUUAGCAUGUCCACCAUUUUUCAAUGUUAUGAAACAUGCUCCAAUAUCCGAAGUUUCAAUGGAACAAAUUAUGCCUUGUAUAGAAGCACUACAUGUAUUUGUCAAUAAAUUUGAAAAAAUGGAUCGUAGUAAACAUUCAGUUAGUGCUAAUCAUAAAGACAUCGUGUGUGGUCAACCAUUCGAAGCCACAAAUAUGUUAAAUGAAAUAGCACGUCUCAGAAAAGUUCCACUCGAUGUUGUUAAAACAAAACAGGAAGAUGCACACGAAUUAUUAUGCCAAUUAUUAAAUGAAUUACAUGAAGAAAUAUGUAAUGUAUUAUAUAAAACACCAGUAUUGUCACCUAAUCCCAUGCCAAAUACUGAAGAACAGCUUACAUCACCAACAACCACAACUUCGACACAAGCGAGCAAUGUAUCACAAACAAAUGGAAACGAAGAGAAGUCAGAGGAUUGGCUUCAAGUUGGGAAACGAAAUCGAACACAUGUGUUUCGUAGUAAUGAAAUACGCAAAAGUUUAAUAUCCGAAAUAUUUUCGGGCAUGUUUCGAUCAACUGUUCAUAGUGCUGGAAAUCAAAGAUCAGUUGUUCAUGAACCAUUUUUUACAUUAUCACUUGAAAUUAAAGACAAUCGAAUACAAUCGUUAGAAGAUGCUUUACUAAGAUUUUCCGAACAAGUUAUCCUCACAGAUUAUGUCGAUAAUAAAACACGUCAGACAGUUCAUACCAAUAAAACAAUGUUAAUCGAUCAAUUGCCACCCAUUCUCAUUAUUCACUUGAAAUGUUUUCUAUACGAUGAAACAGAUAAUUCGACGAAAAAAAUAAAUAAACAAUUAUCAUAUCAAGUUAAUUUGACACUACCGUCAAAAAUAUUAACUGAACAAGCUCGAAAAACGUCGUAUGAUCGUUAUAAAUUAUUCGCUGUCGAAUAUCAUUGUGGUGAUAAAGCGAGCGGUGGUCAUUAUAUAACAGAUGUUUUUCAUCCCGGUUUACAAGGAUGGAUUCGAACAGACGAUUCAACUGUUAAUGUUGUUACAAGUUCACAAGUAUUAAAUUCGCAAGAUAAUAAACAGACUCCCUAUUUAUUAUUUUAUCGUCGUGGAGACUAA